AUGUCCAAACAAAAAACCAGAGAAGACGACCUUGUGAAUAUGUCAGGGCUUUUUUCGGAUCUUCCAACGUUUCUGAGAGAGCCAUACCCAAAUGUCAAAUUUAACUCAGCCUUUCCUCCGUUCACCACAAAGGUGCAUGUUCGUGGCGUGAUGGAAAGAGCCGGUUUUGACGUGUAUAAGCCACAAAAUGAUUCACGUCAUCACGAACAUGAUGAUAAGUAUACCAAGAUAGGGAGAAACAGACUGGUAUCUGAGAGUGGUUUGAUGUCUCCUGGCCCUUUGUUCGGCAAGAAGGGGCCUACCAACUAUUCGGAUCCGUCUCUUCGUCGUUCUGGGGAGAAUCAGCGAAGCUUCACCACACCUACAAUUGGACGAGGUUUCAACAGCAAUCCAAACUUACGACGGAUGAACGAUUCGCCUCACUCUGUCAACUCUGGUUCGUCAAAAGUAGAAUCUCGCUCUGGUCCCGAUACUCCCAAGAGUUCUUCUCGUACUACUAUGUUGCGAGGAGCAAAUGCUUCGUCCAUGCUUCAUAAUCAGCGAGUGGUACCAGAUGUCCAACGAGGAGGACCUCAGCCACCACGGGUUCCUGUGGAAAACGCGAAAUCUAUCUCCCUGAAAAAUCAGAAAACCUUUGAAAACAAAUCUGGUUCUUCUGCUUCUAUACAUCUCCCUAUGUCAUCAAGUGAUCAGCUGGACUCGCAUUUUGAGUUUCCUUACAAACCUUCAGUUCAUCCAACUUCUUCGAACCUUCCCAUUCCACAGGCACAUAUGGCCGCGUUGCUUGAACGUUCCAAACAACAACAGAAGCUGAAUCAGCAUCAAGAACCGCAUGAAUCGCACGAAAGAUUGCAUUCCGACGGCAGAGUGGAAAGAAAUGAAAGGCCUGUCUCUCGUGAGUCUGUUUCCUCUUUUAUGUUUCAGUCUCCAAGAAUGGCUAUCAAGGAAAUCGAUCUUUCUUCUGGAGAAGAAGAGAAUUUUAAGGAUUCUAGGGAGGAUAGAUCAAGAAAGCUGAUAAGCCCGUUCGAUGAUGAUGAUGAUGAUGAUGAUGAUGAUGACGACGACGACGAUGAUGAUGAUGAGGGGAAAAGAAAGAGGGAGGUCAGUCACCAUCAUAACGGUAGUGAGAAUGAUUCGUCUAUAGACGCCUUUGAUGCCCAGUUCGAAGAAUCAAAAUCCAAUCACGAAUCACAUUUGAAUCAUCAGCGUGAUGAUUCUGUCGAUCAAUUACUGGCCAUAAGGAAACAGAUGGCUUCCCCCCAAACCGGAGAGAACUCAGAAGCAUUUCAGAUCCCAGAUAUUCAAGUCGGAGAUGAAGAUGAAAGGCCCUCGGCUUUACAAGCGGUUGCCUCAGCAUCUUUAUACGCCAACGCUGGCAUCAAAAGAUUAAGCACAAUGCAGACCAACGAUCUGAAGAUCUACAAUCUUCCUGAAGAUGAUACUGACAGUAUAGAUGAAGGGAAGAAUAGUGAUUUGGAUCAUUUCGAUAUGAGUACGAUCCAAGAAAUAACGGAGAUUGACGAUUAUCAUGCUGAUGGGUCAGCUCCCACAUCUACUUCUGAGACAUCGCCUCUGAAUGAUUUUGAUGUUCCCGGCCUUAGGAAGAUGAGAGUCAAUCCUUUGGAGUCUCCCACUCAAAUUCAGAAUAGGAGUGCAGAAGACCUGAUUGAUCCCUCGGAUAGGAAUUUGCAUACACACUCGAUUUCACAUUCAUCAGUGAACUCAGGAAACCCUGUUGCCAAAGACAUUUUCAACACGACUGAUAGCAGUGAAGAUUCUUACAAGAACGACAUUAACAGACGAUCAACUUCUACGAAGUCGAGUGAUAAUAGUGAUGCAGAUGGCAACAGAACGGGACCUCUAGAUCUUGCUCAUCCUAAAAAAGCAACCUCCGAGGAAUUUCAUAAGAGUGAGAAUGAAAAUGCGAAAGAUCAGGACAAUGAAGUGAAAUAUCCUCCAGGCCAGGGUCCUUGUAGAAGGUGCCACAAACAUAUUUUGCCUGGACAGAAGUCGAUAUGGUCCAAGGAUAACCAGCUGUCGGGGCAAUGGCAUCGUCGCUGUUUUUCUUGCUACGCCUGCUCGAGAAAGUUUUCCAAAGGUCAGUCUUGUUAUGUUUACAACGACAGACCUUAUUGCGAAACCCAUUUCCAUGAGCUCAAUGGUUCUCUUUGUAGAAUUUGUGGCAAGGGUGUUGAAGGAGAAUGCCUACAGAAUGAGGUCAAUGAGGUGUUCCAUAUGGAUUGUUUGAAGUGUGCUUAUUGCGGAGUGCCCAUCAGAACUGAUUAUUUUAUCUACAACGAUAAGGUUAUGUGUAAAAAUGACGCCGACGAGCAAUUGAAGUUGAUCCGUGAGGGUAACAACGGUCAGGAGUCUGACAAAGUUGUGAAAAGACGGACGAGAAUGAUGUACGUUUAG